AUGAAUUAUAUUCAGCUCAAUUAUUUUGACUCGGGGAGUUUAUCGACAUCAUCAUUGAUCUUUUGUUUGGACAAAAGGUAUAGGAAUGGAGAGGACUCCUCAGAUACGAGCUGUUCUAUUGAGAGCAACCAAUGAACUUAUACAUUUUAGUAUAAAGAUUGUAGUGGGACUUCAAGCUAUUAUGUAUCAGACUUGAUGCAUUUAGAAAGUAUUUUCGAGGGAUCCUUGACAAAAAAUUCUUCGAUGCCUAUAGUUUUCAGUUGUAGCAAGCUACAGAUUGGGAAAUUGAGUAAAUCUGAUAGAGUGAUCGAUGGAAUAUUUGGAUUUGGGCAGCAGGAACUACAUGUCAUCUCCUUGCUCUCAUCGCAAAGAAUAGCCUCGACAGUGUUCUCGCAUUGCCUGAAGGGUGAUAACAAUGGUGGGGGGAUAUUCCAACUUGGAGAUAUUAUGGAACCAAUCAUAAUUUACAGUCCACUUAUUCCAUCACAGUAA